GAAAUAAAUUUGAUUUGCAGUCAUUUUAACCAAUCAGUACUCGGUUAAUGGACUGUAGAAUGCAAGUUCGGUAGAGAAGGAAGGGGACGAGCGAAGAGUUGCAGUGCAGGUCGCUUGAGCUGUUUGGUUUUCCUUCUUUUUCGAUCCGCCCAUCAACACGCCCUUGUUCGUGUUAUAAAUAUCGAAGACCAUGGAGACAGAAAUUGAUCAGCAGGAAGAGACAGCUUUCAGCACAGAGACUAAUGGUAAGCAGCAAAAAUGCAGGAGCCGUAAUUGGGAAAGGUGGCAAAAACAUCAAAGCCCUUCGCACAGAUUACAAUGCCAGUGUGUCAGUCCCAGACAGCAGUGGGCCUGAGCGAAUCCUGAGCAUCAGUGCAGACAUCGAGACUGUUGGAGAAAUUCUGCUCAAGAUCAUCCCAACAUUAGAAGAGUACCAGCAAUACAAUGGUAUGGAUUUUGACUGUGAGCUGCGUCUGCUGAUCCACCAGAGCCUGGCCGGCUCAAUCAUUGGGGUGAAGGGAGCAAAGAUCAAGGAGCUCCGUGAGAACACAAAGACCAGCAUCAAGCUGUUUCAGGAGUGCUGUCCCCAGUCCACAGACCGUGUCGUCCUGGUUGGUGGCAAAAUGGAGAGGGUGGUGGAGUGUAUCAAGACUAUGCUGGAGCUAAUUGCUGAAGCACCUAUUAAAGGCCGCACACAACCCUACGACCCCAACUUCUAUGACGAAACGUCCAGCAUAGGUGACCGUGGAUAUGACCGAAUGCCUUCUAGCAGGGGAGGACGAGGACCGCCGCCUCCAUCCCGCCAUGAUUAUGAAGAAAUGAGCCCCCGCCGAGGUCCUCCUCCACCCCAUCCAAGUAGGGUUGGAAGAGGAAGUGGUCGGGGACGUAACCUGCCAAUGGGACACCCACACAGAGGAGGAGAUGAUCGUUACUAUGACUCGUACCGUGGCUCAGAUGACAGGUCAAAUGACAGAAGAGGCAGACCAGAUCGCUAUAGCGAUAACAUGAGUGGUGGUGGAUAUGACAACAGUUCCUCCUGGGAUGGCUACCAGUCAGGUGGACGAGGCUCCUAUAAUGACAUGGGUGGCCCUGUUAUCACCACACAAGUGACGAUUCCUAAAGAUCUUGCUGGCUCUAUCAUUGGUAAGGGAGGCCAGAGGAUCAAACAGAUUCGCCAUGAGUCAGGGGCCUCCAUCAAGAUCGAUGAACCCCUGGAAGGUUCUGAAGACCGAAUCAUUACUAUUACUGGCACCCAGGAUCAGAUACAGAAUGCUCAGUACCUUCUACAGAAUAGCGUGAAGCAGUACUCGGGUCAUUUGCUGUAGGUCCAGGAGGCUCAGAUUGAAGCAGGCUCAGAUGUGUGUGUGUGUGUGUGACUCCCCUCACACCUUCUUUUCCUCCUCAACUUUUCUCCCCUUACCCUAAACAUCCCCUUCAGACUGUUUCUCUGAAUUGUGGGUGUUUUUUUGGUUUUUUGUAUCUUUUAAUGAAAUAAAUGUCAAAACAUUCCUGUGCGUCAAAGAAAAUGUAGAUUACCUGCAUUUUAAAGUUUAGUCCAAUAGAUUAUCAGAUUUUGCUUUUUCUAACACAUAUAUCAAAAUAUCUGACUACAACAGAAUAAACAACAAGAGUAAGCAUAACUUUUUUUUUUUUUUAGGGUUUUUUGGUUGUUUUUUUUUUUAU